AUGAUGCAACUUUCGGACCGGAUAGGGUUGCUUUGCCAGGACAAUAAAGUCUUGAAGAAGCAGGGCUCUAUCCUCGGCGUCCAGAAGAUCUGGAAUUCAUUUUAUGCUUACAUGGCACAAGCAAUGGUCAUUUUAAACGAGCAUAUCCGCCGUCGUCACCCUGCACGGUUCACUCUGUACAGAGUACUCGAUUUCAUCGUUCUCGAGUUGGAUUAUUUGGACUCGCCAUGGCGCGCUCAUAUGCGAGGUCUGAUUGCCCUCGUUGACUUGUACGGUGGCCUCACAUCCGUUCUGGGACGAGAGAAUGAGUCUCCAAUGCCUGGCAUGAGGAUUGCGCUCUGCAUCGGCAUCUCUUGCAAUUCAACCAGUCCUACUACCGACCAGCUUUCUGGUAUGGAGCAUUGGACUGAUGAUGAAUGCGUUCGAGUGUUUAACUCCCAUAUUGUCUUCUCUCUACCGUGUCCAACCACCUUGUUCCUUGCUAUGCGUCACAUCACGCAUUUGAGAAUUGCGGCUAGUGAGGCGCCGCAUAGUUCCACACCUAACCUUAUAGCGGCGGCAAAGAGUAUUGCUCUUGAAAUAUGUACCUUUUCUCCCGAAAAUUGGGUGCGAGACCCGCAUGUACUCACUUCUAAAGCUGCCAAAGCCUACGCACGCGCCUUUAAGACUGCCAUGAUACUGUACGCUGUGCUCUCACUCCCAAAAAAGCUGGCACAGCCAUUUAUCGAUGAUCGGAGAGGGUCGCGUCAUGCGCGUUUAUACUAUCGCAGCGCUCUAUGGACCGCCAUUUCCCACACGAAUGAUAUACCGAGUCCGCGAUCUACGAUGGGGUGGCCGCUAGCUGUUCUCGGCGCGUCCUACUGGGAUGGACCGGCACAAGACCAGGCAGUCAUUUUACAUGAGCUUGACGACAUUCGAUAUGGCGUACCUGGUGUGACCAGCGCACCCGUAGCGCUGUCGCAGACGCUCUACAUGUUUUGGCAAUCGGGAAAAACAAGAUGGGAUGACUGCUUUACCAGGCCUAUUAGUGUUCUGAUGGCAUAA